AUGGGUAAACAGCUGAAAUGGGGGAUCGCCGGAGCUGGAAUGAUCACCCAUGACUUUUUGACGGCGAUGGCAUCCUUGCCGGCUGAACAGCACAAGGUCGUUGCCAUCGCCGGCAAAGACCUAGAUCGUGUUCACAGAUUGGCCACGCUCCACAAUAUCAGCACCGCGUAUGAAGGUUACGAAUCGAUCGCGAGCGACUCCGACAUUGACAUUGUUUUCGUCUGCGUUCUAAAUUUACAGCACUUUGAUAUAGCAAAAUUAAUGUUAGAAAACGGUAAACACGUACUGUGUGAGAAACCUAUGGGUAUGACAUACAAGCAAACUAAAUAUCUAGUUGAUUUAGCGCGCGAAAAAAAACUAUUUCUCCUCGAGGGGAUGUGGUCGAGGUUCUUUCCUGCUUACGAUGCUUUAGACAAGCACAUUGCGAGUGGUGGGCUUGGAGAUGUAUAUCACAUAAACAUACAAUUUGGGGUUGAAAUUAACGACAUUGAGAGGAACUUAAUGAAAGAUUUAGGUGGCGGCGUGGUCUUGGACUUAGGUGUAUACAUGUUGCAACUUUUACAAUUCGUAUAUAAGGAGCCCCCGACCGACAUAAUGUGUGCGGGACACUUGAGCAAGACCGGCGUCGACGAGUCUAUAUCUUGCGCACUUAAGUACAAAGACGGGAAGACUGCGACCAUAGCGGCACAUACGCGGGCAACUAUGGCCAACAGAGCUGAAAUUACUGGAACUAAAGGAACUAUUUUGUUGGACUACUUCUGGUGUCCGACUGUCCUUCACAUAUCGGCGGCGAACAGCACAGAAUGGACCUUGCCCAAGGGCAAAUGUAAAUUUCACUUCCACAACAGCGCAGGCCUUAGCUAUGAGAUACAGGAAUGUUGGGACUGCAUCGACCAAGGAUUACUCGAAAGCCCUAAAAUGAGUUUGGAUGAAAGCAUACUUAUAUCGAAGUUGAGUGAUACGAUGAGAGCACAGUUGGGAGUGCUCGAUAGUGCACUUUAAACGUUAAUACAAAGUUCAAAAUAAGUAAAUAAAUACCAGUAUAGAAUAAAAUUUUAAGCUAAUCUCGGUAGAUAUGGAUGAUUACGAAAACAGAUAUGACGAUAUAAAAUAUGAAAUCCAAUAUUGAUGUUUACCGUACAGCUACAGUAUUUACCUCUUAACCAACUGUGAUCAAAGUGUGUUGUGACACUUAACGUGUGUUAUAUAUUUUAAAAAUAUACAUGCUAAUUUAUUGCG